CUCUACGACGCGAUGAUUUGCUGUGACUGUGAGGUUAACAGCUCAAUCAUUGAGUCAAACAUUUUCAGAUCAUCUUUCAACCAAAAAUAACAAGCAGAUCGUGAAUUUCACAAAAAUCAGUCAGUAAAUCAGCUUGAAAUGGCUAAGGCACUGGAUGCAAUCAAAACAGAUUUCUAUCAGACUGAUGAAGCUGUAAUAGUCACUUUACUAGUGAAAAACGUCAAGGAAGAGUAUUUGACUGUGGAUGUUCAAGAUAGGAAGCUGACUGUGAAUCUAAAGUUCCCCGAUGUUGAGGAAAAGGUGCUGCAGUUCAAUCUGUUGAGAGCCAUCAUUCCAGAAAGUUCUACCUACAAAAUUAUGUCUACUAAAGUGGAAAUUAAGCUGCAAAAGUUGGAAGGGUACAGAUGGGAGAAGCUGGAGGGAGCUCUUCCUGAAAAUUACGCAAAACCAAUAUCAUCAGCUCCUCCUUUACUGUUUGACAAACCACCAAGUUAUCCAACAUCAAAAGGCACUGAUUGGUCAGCUAUUGAGAAGGAAAUCAUUGAGGAAGAGCUCAAAGAGAAGCCACAAGGUGAAGAUGGACUCAAUCAACUGUUUCAGAAGAUUUAUGGUGAAGGAAAUGAUGAAGUGAAGAAGGCAAUGAAUAAAAGUUUUAUGGAAUCUGGUGGAACUGUUCUAAGUACCAACUGGAAAGAGAUAUCUGAGAAGAAGGUGGAGAUCAAGCCACCUGAUGGCAUGGAAUACAAGAAAUGGGACAGUUAAAUCAUAGAUCAAAUAAUUUUCUGUUUUCUUUGCCAAAAGUUUGAAAAUGAACACAAAUCAUCACUAUGAAGAGAAAAUAUACUGAAAUUGUAUGUGUACUAAUCAUUUGUUAUCAUUUUUCGUGACUUUUGAGUGCUCAUUACUAAAUAAAUCGAUUUAUUCACCUGU